UAUAAUCGUCAAAGUGAAAAGAUGCAUUUUCUCUCAUUUCUGCUUGCAUAUUUUGUUUUCUUUUGCCAUCAGUAUUUUGCUGUGGCUAGGAAUGAACCAGCAUGUUCAAAGUUUGACUAUGACGAAAAGCUUUUGGAGAAAAUGAUACGAAUGGAAGUUAAAAUGGAACAAAUGGUUAAUGAAAUUCUGAAAACAAAGGAUGGUGUUUUGAAAUUAACGAACGACGUUACACGGAGGGUUAAAAAUGCUGAACAAAACAGUCACGAGUUUUAUAGUAACAUCAACGAAACAAUAAACAAGUUUGCUGACAAAUUUGAACAAGAGAAGGCGAAGAUAAAUGCAUUGUCAGAGAAGGCCCACAUUCCAAAGAUUGCAUUCAAUGCUCGACUUUCGUCAACAGUCAGUUUAGGCCAAAACGUGAAGGUCGUAUUCGAUACAGUAUUAAUGAACGCAGGUGAAGGUUACGACAAAACUUCUGGAAUUUUCUCAGCAUCACAUGAUGGACUGUAUUUCUUUUCUGCACAUUUAUGUAACUAUCACAACAAAGCUGUACACUACAAGAUAGUUAAGGACGCUGUGGCGAUUGCUGUUAGUACGCAGUAUGAUCUUGACAACGUACUAACAUGUAAUUCUUUGAGCGCUAUUGCGAUGUUGAAGACAGGUGAACGAGUGUGGGUACAAACAACUUCUUCUUCGCACAUAUACACUGAUAACUACAGAUGGGAUUCUUUUCUUGGGGUACUUUUAAACAGAUAAAUGUGUUUAUGAUUAUGACAAUUACACAGACAUAUAUGCUUGUGUUUAUAAGAUUGAUCAACCCAGUUCGUAAAGUUUCAAACAACAGUUUGAUAGAUACUUUGCAUACAAUUGUCACUAACGACCACACAACAUUGUAAUGUUCUUUUUACUGUUUAAAUGAACUUAAUGUGAAAUGUACACUAUCAUUUUUCCGUUUAAAAAGGAAAUUUUAAUUUGGAGUUAAAACCAUAUUACACAGAUAUAUAACACUAUAAAAUAAAUAAUUGAUACAAGAAAUAUAUGUCUCCCCUGCUACGGUUGAAAUGAAAAGAUUUUUAUAUCGUUUUUUUUCUAAGUCUUAAAAAUAGAUAUACACUUAAUGUUGUUACUGUGCUUUCACUGAGUUGAUUAUUAAAAGCUUGUUUCCA